AUGACUGUCUUUAUGAUGUCUGAUAUUAAUGAUAAUUGUAAAUAUGAAGAAUAUUCAAAAGAUUCUAAUAUUGCAAAUGAGUGUUUGGAUAAGACUAAAAAUUCAAACAAUGUCUCAAAGGAUACUUUUAUUCAAAAUCAUUUUAAUAUUUCUGAUAACUCACCAACUAAAAAUUUGACAUUCCAGUCUAACUAUAAAAAUUUCUUAGAUUAUUCUAAUAAUGAUGAAGGAUCAGAAAAUGAAGAUGAUUUUGAAGAAUUUCAAUUUGCUACUUUUGAUAAUUCAAUAAUAAUUAAAAAUGAUAAUGAUUUGGAUAAUAAGCAAAAAAAUCCUGGAAGUAUUAUAUCAAAUGUAUUAUAUGAAUCGAAUAUUUGUUUUGCUGGGGUUGAAUCUAAUAAUUCAAAAUUAGAAUCUUAUAAAAAUGAAGAUGCUAAUCCUUGUGCUGUGAUAUCACAGGAUUAUUUGGAAGAUAAUUUUGAUAUUGAUAAAAUAAUUCAAGCAACAUUUCCUAAACAACUUUUCAACAAAACUGAUAGUAUAUGUCCUUCUAAUGAUUUGGUACUGGAAGACUUACUUAACGACAUAAAUAUCAAUCUCCCGUCUUCUAUUAAAGAUUCACUACACUUGAGUCAACGCAUCAAUAAAAUCAUAAAUUCAAACGCCCUAACCGAUAAAUCUAAUUGUUCAGAACCGAAUUCCUUAUACCUGGAUUUUACUCGACCGUGGUCACAGUGGACAAUUGCAAAAUGUCUCUUCAAGUCAUUGCAACUCGAAAAAAUUGAUUUACCAAAUCGUAAGGAUCAAGUGCAAUCAAUCGAACCUCUCUCGCAAUCAAAUCCCAUAUUCAAGAAUAAUUACAAACCAAAAAAUGUUGACAGUAACAACGUUUCUCAUUCCCAUUCUCAAAAUAAUGUCGGAACGCGUUUUAAUGAAAUUGAUGCGAAAGCGAAAAAUUCUACCAUCGUGUCUAAUUUCAUCAAAGCCUUGCCAGAUCUUUCCUUCAUAAGAUCUAUGGAACCAUUUACAAAAAAUUCUAAAGCAACGUGAUUACCUCGUCAAUUUUUUUUAAAAACGUUACAUAGUCAUCCUCCAGGGCAUUUAUUUAGUGAUAUGCAUUGAAAGAAAAAAAAAUAUCCUAAUUGACUCCAUUAAAUAUAAAAUUAAAAGUAUAUUAGACACUUUAUAUAUAUAUAUAUAAUUGUAUUCGAUAAAGAAAAAUAAUUUUUUUUAAAAUUACGAUAUAAUAUAUAAUUAU